CUGUCAGACUCAGAGGAAACGUUGGAAGAAAACAAGUUUCGAUACCAAACGCAACAAUAACAUGUGUGUGUGAGAAUAAUGUGUGAACAAAAACAAUUUUAACUUUGGUUUAAUUAAUGCAGUGUUUGCAAGUGGCAUUCAGUCAGAAUAAACGACACAAAUAUUCUUGCACAAAGUGACUUUGCCGCUUGGACCUGGUUGAUAUGGGGUUAACGAGAGAAAGUAAAUUGACACUAGAUAUCAGUGAAUAGAGAGACUCAGCUGAAUGGCUGUAUUUCACUAAGGCCUUAUGUUUAAAAUGGAUAUUUUGUGUAUUUAAAUUUGAAACAUUUGAUAUGGGCCGUACAUAGGACAAAUACUGUCAAAAUGGACCCAAAUAAAAAUGAAACUGUUAAUCCAAGAUCAGCUGUCAACCAAGUUAUGGGACUUUACAUAAUAGUUGCAUUUACAAUAGCCUCAUCAUGGUUAUUGGGAGCAUUUAAUUUUUCAUUCUUAUGGGUAUUUGGAUUAAUAUUUGCCUUAUUUAUUGUUUGGAAAUCCCGUUUACGAAACACCGUGGAAAGAAAUCUGGCCUGGCACAAGGAGCAGUUCCACAGAAAACGAGCUUUACGUCAGGAAGAGACAGCAGAAUGGCUCAACUUCAUUGUAAAUAGAUGGUGGGUCUUCAGCUCUGUUAGUAUAGAAGACCUUGUGAAACGGAGAAUAAACGAGCGCUUAGUCACAGUCAAGCCAUCUUUUAUAGGCCAUUUGGAAGUGAUAGGGUUUACAUUCGGUGACAUAACUCCCAGUUUCCGAAGCAUCAAGGCGUUUGAGUGUUCAGAUGGCGUACCGGGGUUUAAACCAGCGUGUUGGUCAAACAUUGCCCAGCCACCAGCAGGGUUGCACAAGAUGUCCACAUUCCAGAUUGUACUUGAGGCGGACAUGUCAUCCAGAUGUGAUGAGUUUCGAAUGGUGUUUCGGGCCAGAGCAGGCGGUGAAAGGGUUGGACUUCAUUUCGAUGUGGCCGUGGAAGAGUUACAAGUCAAGGGCACCUUGCAGGCUGUCCUACAUAUGUCCAUGGAAGUGCCAUUCCCUCACAUCACCAAAGCAACUAUUUCUUUUAAUGACACUCCAGAGGUUUGGUUCAAUGUGACAGUGUUAAAGGCCUUACAACUGAUGGAGAUACCCCUGAUAAAAUCCUGGAUCCAUAUCAACGUUAUGGAGGGAAUCACUAGAGCAUUGGUGGACCCUGGUAAAAUUGACAUCCCCUUUUCCAAGGCAGGGCCUGUCAGUGCAUUGCAAGUUUUCCCUCAUGUUAAACAGGAGCUGGCUCAAGGUGUGUUGACCAUUCAGAUAAAGGGAACGCCAUCAGAGGAUUCAGGAGAGGACAUACACUACACCAGACUGAGGCUGGGCAAGUGUAAGAGGCAAACCCUGGAGCUGCCAGCCACCCAGGCCUGGGAGGAUUGCUGCUCAUUCUUUGUCUUCAACCUUGUUAAAGAGAAGUUAAAUGUUAAGCACAAGUGUAAGCGUCUUCUCACCACAGUGACCUUGGAGCAGCACGACCUUGAACUUUCAUCAUUCCCAUUCACCAUAACCAAGCAAUUAAGUCAUGAGAUUAAAAACAAGGAUGGCAGUAAAUUGAAUCUGGUUAUGGAUUACUCCCCCUUGCCACCCAUAAACCUGGAUGAGGAGGAAGCUGUUAAUGUAUUACAACGAUCUGGUGUGCUGUUUGUAUGUGUGCACUGUGCCAACAAUGUGAUCGCUUCGGACAAAACAGGCUCCUCAGACCCAUACUGUGUUGUUUUCUGUGAUAGACGAAGGAUUUUGACAACCCCUUACCUUGCUCAAACAAGAAACCCAAAGUGGGAAUCUCAUGCAGAAUUGUUUGUGAAGGACUUCUCACAGUGUAACCUGUCAUUCUAUGUAUUUGACUGGGAUGGGACCAACAAACUCGACAACGACUUUCUCGGAUCUGCACAUCACGUUAUGUCUGAGAAAGAGCCCUAUGUCUUGAAGAAAGCGCUCACUCUGGGCUACAACAAGCAGGGAUUGGGACACUUGGACGAUCCUGGGCUGGGGCAGAUUGUCGUUUCUGUCAUUUUCCGACCUGUCAGCUCUGUGGGGCGUUCAGAGCGAUAUCGCUUGACAAGUACUGAUUCUGCGAACAAUAACGAGUUUCUGUAUGUGGAAGACAUGGUAUCUCCUGGCACUAUGAAAAGUAGCCCAUUCAAGACACAUUAUGAACAUGUUGAAAGAACAAAACCUGAAUCAUGUGAUCCUAAUGAGCCAGAGGGAGGAGGCAAAAAGCUGUCCAAACAGCAGAGUUCUCAGUCCAAUGAUGAGUUCAUGAGAGACAAAGUGUUUGUGGAUCUAACUCUAGUUCAGGCCAAGGAAUUGAUUGCAGCAGACACAAAUGGUUACAGUGACCCAUUCUGUGAGAUAUGGAUGAGAGAUACCAAACUGUUCUCCUCCAGUGUGAAGAAGAAGACACUGUCACCGAUGUGGAAUGAGUCUGUCGCACUUCAGGUCACUGAAGAUUGUGGGAUGCUAGAAAUCCAAGUGUUUGAUAAGGAUCUUAUCACCAGGAAUGAUUUUCUUGGCAAGGUCAUGCUUACCCUGGACGAUCUCAAGGAACUCUCUUUAAAGGGCACAGAUGAUUGGUUCCCAUUAAAACAUACCAAAUCCGGCCAAAUCCAACUGAGAUGUUCCGUCACUGCAGCAGGAAAUAAGCCAGGAAAGUCUAUGCCAAGUGUAAGCAAACAAGAGCAGGACGCCAACAACUCGGCCAAGUCCCAGACAGAUGGCACAAAACCUUCCACAGGAAGGGGCAUGUCUAUUGAGAGUGAUGUUUUCAUUACACCGUCCGAAAACCAGAAGUUAAAAAGUACCCCUGACAUAACAAGGGAGAGUGAUUCUCAGCUUCGAAAACGAAACUCCAGUAGCAUGAUUAAUAACAAGGGAGAUAAGGCAAGUCCAGUUACUUCAACUCCCUUGAAAAAGGAUCAGAACAUGGAAGUAGGACUGAAAAGAUCGGCAUCUGACGUGAACAUGGACAAGAGAAGAAGGUCCACUUCUAAUUCGCUAAACUCAUUUGCAGCCUUCAAUGACCUCAACAUGUCUACAGUUAUGGCAGACCCCACUGUAGAUCAAGUAGAACCACUUGAUGAUGACACUGUUGGUGACCUUGACCAUACUGACAGCCUAGGUGGCCGACUGUUCAAUGUGACAGGGAAGAUACUCAGCAUCCAGGGGUUGAAGUUUAACGAAGGCAGCAUUUACUGUAAAGUCAGGGUAUUGCAACCCAACAGGCGUCGUUUACGGCUGAUAUUUGGAAACCGCGUCAUUGCGAAAUCUCCCCUUAUAAAGGCAACACAGACCAUUGUCAACUUACCCAUUGAUAUUGAUCGCGGUAUGGGGAUCCAUGGCGAUACUCUGUUGAAGUUCGACAUCAAACGAGAGGGGAAGGAGCACCUGGCAUCUAGGGCGUACACUAUAAAGACACUGUUCAGCGGAGAGGGAGGGGAAGGAGAUAAAGUCCAGAAGGUGUUACCCCUGGAAAACAACCUUCAAAUUGAAGUUUACCUCCAGCACACUCCGGUGGAUUCCAGCUCAAUACGGCGCCAUGGAUCCAGCAGAAUGUCUGUCGGUUCAAGGUCAUUCCGAAAAUAAAACGGCGAAAAAAUGUGUUUUAAUCUGGUCAACAGCGUAGACUAACAGUGGGGUCAAAUUCAUUACAGGAUAGAACUUAGGAGAAUUUUUUUUGUUAGAUUGCACUGCCUUAGCUUCAUUUUGAAUAGUGGCAUUGGUGUUAAAGUUAUUACAGGAUUGAUAUAAGGGAAAAUGAUGUGUUUUUGGUCACUCCAUUGUUAAUGGGAUCAAAGUCAUUCUGAAGAUAGAAAAUCCUUUUUUAAUUAAAACUUUGAUUUAUAAACUAAUUAUUCGCAUGCUUAUUCAUAUCAUACACUGUUCAUGUAAUGUGGUACAUUAUCUGUAAUUCUAUUUAUCUCUUUUGUGAAUAACAAUAACCGUAGAAGGUCUUUUUUGUCUUUUCCACUUCGAAUUUUAAGAAAAUUGAUGUUUCUUUAUUAGUUGAAGUUUGAUGAUUUUUAUUUUGUACCUUUUUUGCGCAUUGUGAAAUGUGUAACGCUGAUAAAGAAAAUAAGAGAAAAAAAUCAGAAAAAAGGAAAAUCUUUGAUGAUUUCUAUUUUUUAAUGUUUUUCAUCUAUUUUUUUAAUGUUUUUCAUAUUUCGAAAUAUCUAACAAAAAAUGAGAGAAAAAUAUCUGGAAAGAAGCACGAUGGUUAAAUUUCUGAUUCCAAGAGAAGUUAUCAGUUGGAAUAGAAAAUGCUCAAACUUAAAUUUAAUUGUUUUAAAUUCCUAUUAUUUCCUUUCCUAUAAUCAAAUUUCUUGCUUUUAAUUAUUGAAUAGGACAUCGAAGAAUGAUUAAUAAGUGAUAAUGCAAUUAUGAAGAAGUGGAGAACUUGUCUUAAAAACUUUACGUAAUUCUCCUACCAAACCAUAACCAAUCCAUUUGAUGCUAACUCCUUAUUUUGAGCAUAAAAAUUAUUAGCGAUAUUUCAUUCAGUGAUUACUAGCAUAUCCUUAUUUUAUAUAUAAUAUACAGUCACUAUUAUGUACUUAAGAAGAAUUUUAGCAUUUUAGAUUUGCUUAAAAAUUGACCCCGUCUUAUAAGCGAGUCGAAACAAAAAGCACCAGAUUUCAUGGGCAAAGUUAGGGGGCCGUCUUAUAAGCGAAUCGCCUUAUAGUCGAGAAAAUACGGUAUAUGUAACAAAAUAUUAUCAAUCUUGUUUCUAUGUAUUUAGUCAAGCCAAAUUGACCUGAUCCUCCUGACCUCUAUUGGUAUCCAUAUUUUCACAGCUGAAUUAAUUUCUAAACAUAUAGAUGUAUGCUUUUAGUAAUGGUCAUAAAGAUGAAACACACAGUAAACUGCUUAAAGGGUCAUUAACAGUAAGUAAGUAAGUAAGUAAGUAAGUACCGUAAGUAAAUUGUUUAUUAUCGUGACAUGUUUUACUUGUUGACCUAUUCUCAACUGACUCAAUAGUUCAUUUGGAAGCUUUCUUGGGUCUAAGAAAUUAUCAUUUAAUAUCUGAGUACAAAUCCAAUGCACACCUGUUAUAUGUAAUGAUAGUUUCAUUUUAUGCUUAGUUUAUCUACUGUCUGUUAGUUUGUUGGGUUAAAAUCACUGUUGAUUUUACAGCACGUUGGUAUUUUCAUGAAUAGUUCUUUAAUCACUGUCUGGUUUUCCAGUAGUUUUAAAUAGACCUGGCCCGAUUUCUUGAAACUUAUUAAGUUUAACAGACUUAAGACGCUUAUUUCAAUUAGCCAAAAUACAUCCUUCAGUUUGAAUUUGAUGACUGAAAAAUGUGUUGUGAUUAUCAUACGGAUAAUUCCUAUAUGAAGUCUAAAUACUAUUGAAGAAGUUGAUAUUAAGCAAAAAAUAGACUUACAAACAUAGUGAGCUUAUUUUUAUCCUGUUAUAAGGGGCCAUGUAUACUAUGGUAAAAAGAAAAUAUAAUUUAUGCAGCUUUUGUAUGUGUUGUCACCAUUUAGUUUGCGAUCAAAAUAAAUAAAAAGAAAUGGGUUUGGAGAGGAUUCAAACCUAGAUAUGACUGGUUAAAUAAGUGACCAUUGUCAAACUUGCAGUGACUGAGAAUGCAAGAAUUGCUCAAUGAAACUGAUAUACUAGCUCUUACAUAAAUUAUUCAUUGUAUAAUAUAUGCAUUUACAAAGGUCAGGAUCAGGUUAUCUUGGUCAAACAAUAUUUAAAAAUGCCAUCUUUGCCAGAAACUGAAUGAUAUAUUUUGUGUAAAUUUAAUGCAUCAAUACAUGUUUGCGUCAGGUAAUAUAUCCAUAUCAAACAUUUUCAUUAGGUCAAAUAGCAGUGAUCUAUACUAUAUAUUAAUCAUUAAACAUGGGGGUACUGUGUGGAAAAAGGUGUCCUCUUAUGACCUAUAAAAGCGGAAAACUGAAGUAAAGUUGUACUAUUAUGUUGUCUGAUGGAACCAGAAACACUAUUUUGCCAUUGCGAACCUUAUACCGGCAAGUCAUUCUUAAUGAUUCCAUUCUAGUCUUUGUGGGUUAUCCAGGAUCAGUUAUUUGUUCAUAUUUUGUCAAAAAGAUUUGAAACUGCAGUCUUCAAUGUACUUUAAUGAAAGAAUAUGUUGUUCUCUCAGAACUUUAUGGUAUAAGGUAUAAUGCUAUCAAAUUUUUCAUGUGUUGUAUUUCAUGAUUUCAUAACAAUGUCAACAUGUGAAUAUUCAUUUUUGCUGCAGCAGAUUUAUAAAGGACUGUACUGAACACAACUCUGAUUACACCGGCAUGGUAUACUAUCAUUAUGAAAGCAUUACAAAACUAGCAUGCAUUUACUACAUUAUGUUGGAACUUGUCAACUUAUUGCAAUUGUAUUUUUAUUUAAUGUUUGCAAAUUAUUUCUUCACCAUUGAGACCACGUAGCAAAUUCAUAUUUAAUUAUUCAGAAAGCUUUUUAAAAAUGCAAUCAUUACAAUUGUGCUUGUCAUUGAUUGGUUUCAUUAACUGGAUUACUAUAGCAGUUUGCUCAUAAGUAAAAGCAGGUAUUGGGACAUCCGUGCCAACACUAAAAGGUUAGUGGGGGAGGAGCUGUGCAGAGGUCCCACUUAAUAUUUAAAUCAGUAGCUGGAUUUGACUUAAUUGUCAAAAAUAAACCCUUACCAGAACUCAAUUCUUCAAGUGUAGCAAGUGUAUGAAUUACUCAGUAUUAAAAUGAUAAUAAUGACAUUAACAAUUUUAUAAGUUGUUAAAUGAUAUUUAUUUAAAAUUGUUAACUCAUACUGUUAUAUCAUUGGCAUAAAUGUAUGCUUGAUAUUAUUUAGCUUUUUACCAUUUUAUGUGAUAUGUGUGUACAUUGACAUAUAAACCAUGUGUAUAAUAAUUUCCCUGAUGUGUAGUGUCAUAUCAUCAAAGUGGUUGUACAUUGUUGUGUUUUCAGUCCCAUUCCAAAUGCUUAAACAUAUUGUUUCCAGAAUGUGAAAUGUUUAGUAGUUGUUGUUUUUUUAAAUCUAGAAUAAAAAUAAAUUAAUGGACCCCAUAACGUUUUUUGUAAGGAAAUGGUGUUUUCUUAACCACAGUCAUCGAAAUUAGACUUUUGGAUGAACAAGCCCGAACUCUUGUUUUAUUGCAUGGAAUCAUGUCUAGGAACAAGCCCUGCUAAAUAAAAUUCAGAAUUUGAGCAAGCCCGGAAGACAUUUUACCAGAGCAGGGCUUGCUGGCUUGUGCUAAUUUCGACCACUGUAACCAUAUAACAUUCUUUUAUAUUUAUGCCCCCUUUUGAAAAAAGUGGGGUAUAUUGUUUUGCACAUGUCGGUCGGUCUGUCUGUCUGUCUGUCUGUCUGUCUGUCUGUCGGUCGGAAUACCAAAUGGUUUCCGAUCAAUAACUUGAGAACGCUUUGACCGAGGGACCUCAUACUUGGUAUGUGUAUUGGUCAUCACCAGCAGAUGAACCCUAUUGAUUUUGAGGUCAGUGGGUCAAAGGUCAAGGUCAGUGUGACCUUUACAUGAAAAACGGUUUCCGAUCAAUAACUUGAGAACGCUUUGACCCAGGGACCUCAUACUUGGUAGGUGUAUUGGUCAUGACCAGCAGAUGAACCCUAUUGAUUUUGAGGUCAGUGGGUCAAAGGUCAAGGUCAGUGUGACCUUAACAUGAAAAACGGUUUCCGAUCAAUAACUUGAGAACGCUUUGACCCAGGGACCUCAUACUAGGUAGGCUUAUUGGUCAUGACCAGCAGAUGAACCCUAUUGAUUUUGAGGUCAGUGGGUCAAAGGUCAAGGUCAGUGUGACCUUUACAUGAAAAACGGUUUCCGAUCAAUAACUUGAGAACGCUUUGACCCAGGGACCUCAUACUUGGUAGGUGUAUUGGUCAUGACCAGCAGAUGAACCCUAUUGAUUUUGAGGUCAGUGGGUCAAAGGUCAAGGUCAGUGUGACCUUAACAUGAAAAACGGUUUCCGAUCAAUAACUUGAGAACGCUUUGACCCAGGGACCUCAUACUAGGUAGGCUUAUUGGUCAUGACCAGCAGAUGAACCCUAUUGAUUUUGAGGUCAGUGGGUCAAAGGUCAAGGUCAGUGUGACUGUAAGCUGAAAAAAGGUUUUCUGAUUGUCCAUAUUUUUUUAAUGCAUGCACAGAUGAUUGGGAUUGAUGUAUAAAUGUUUGUAUAGAAAUGAUUUUCUUUUAUGUUACUAUUUUAGUUGGGCAUUUAUUUGCCUUCUUAAGUUAUCAUAAGUAAAGUGCAUCUUAUGCAAUUUUGGAGAAAAUUUGCCUCAAGCUCCUCUAUCCACUAAGUGCCAUGUUUGUUUCAAACUAAGAUAGAUGAUCAUCAAGGAUAUAUUUUCUUCAGUAAAGUUUUAAAGUAAGAGUAUUGUUCUGAUAUUUGUCUUAUAUAGUAGACAGUAGAAAUUUAUAUGUCACUAAAUGCAUGAGUUGAAGUAUCAGUUUUCAGUGAACAUCUAGUUUAAUUAUGCCCCCCUUCGAAGCAGAGGGGUUAUAUAAUUGCUUUGCACAUGUCGGUCGGUCUGUUGGAAGACCAAAGCUUGUCCGAGUGAUAACUCAACAAUUCCCGGACCUAUGGUCAUCAAACUUGACAUGAAGAUUAGGUAUGACCAGUAGAUGACCUGCCUCAUAUGCAUCCAAUGACAAAUCAGCUGUCAUUUCAGUCCAUGCAUAUUUCAUUCAAUUGUCCAAAUAUUUCUGGCAACUUGGCGCUCAGGGGGCAUAAUGUUUGACAAACAUCUCUUGUUUCUGUCUAAUUUAUGAAACUUAACUGGGUACAUGUUUGUGAGAUCAUAUUUGAAAGGCAUGGCAUUGUAAAUUUGUACUGUACAAGGGAAUUUGAUCACACAACUGUUAGCAGUUUCGCAAAAUGAAGUGUGUUGUUCUUGUUGAUGUUUGCAGCCCAAAAUAACAUUAUUUUUUAAGCUGUAUGUGCUUGUUAGUUAUAAAUGAUUCUCAUCUGUGAUAUAUUUUUGCAUGUACAAUAAAUACAUACCAGUAAACAAUCUCCACUCCCCUAUACAUAAUUUCACAGCAACACAAACCUUCUUUAAUCUGUUGAAUUUUAAAGGUUUUUUGUUCCUAAGUUAUGUAAUGUGUUUCAUAUACUGUUAUUAAAUGAAUAUUUUGCAGCAUUUUAUGAUCUACCAUUGUGUUAUAAAAAUUGAUUGUUUGUUUGAUUUUAUUAUAUGAAUUACAAGUCACAUGACAUAUCCAGAAAAAAUGUUAAUCCGGUUUCCUUGUUUGACCUUUAUGUAUGUGAUAUUUUUGUUAUAAUACUAGAAGUGUAUCUUUAACAACACAAUAUGUAUAAAGCCAGUAGUCAUGCAUAAUUUCUAUUUCCAAUUAUAUUUCUACAAAUAAACAAA